UCAGCUUGUCUUCUCCGUCGUUAAGGUGGACCUUCUUAAACAGCCCAAUGGAUCCAAUUUAUUUGGCCCAUUAAUAUGAAAAUAUGGCCCUCUAAGGGGAAUGCCUAAUUAACAGUUCACAGUUUGAAAAGUGAUAAACCAUACAGUUUUUUACUUCUCCCACCAUAACUUCUUAUAGAUUAUGAUUUCUUAAUUGAUCUGAACUCUAAAGAAAGCACCUCCAUAUAUCUACAAGAAUACAACCCCAUAUAUAGGUGUAUACAUAGCAUAACCAUCUCACCUUGCUUGGCCUAAUUAAAUUGAAUAACGUCAUAGAGUUUGGUAGUCUUUGUGUCAAUAUAUACAUACUUUCUAGGGUUCACUUUCACGCAGUAUGAACAAGAUUUUUCAUAUACCUUACAUGACUUCAAGUAAGACUCAUAUAUGCCAAAAAUCAAGUUCUAAUUUUGUAAUACUCAUUCUACACACUUGCUCUUAGAUAGUGAUAAAAUUAAGGUAUUGAUAGUUACUCUAAUUAAACUACUAACUUUGUCAACCAGAAUUGGACCUACAAUUAACAUUUUUAGAGUAACUAUGAACCAUAUAUACAUUCAGAAGAGUGGACCUACAAUUCUACAAAUAAAUUGUUAAAAUUCUCUAUUCAAGUUGAAACUUAUUUGACAUCCUAUUCUCAAAUCUCAAUACAACUCAAGUUGAUGUAAAGAGAUAUAAUUAGAUUAAUUAAUUUCUUCUUUUUAUCUACUUUUUUCACUUUUGUUAUAGAUUUAAACGCAGGGCAACCAAUGACAGCUUAUAAUUUGUAUGUCUCCGCAAUCUCAAAAGUCAAAACCAUCAGCAUACCAUGAAAACGAUCUUUAAAAUCGUAUCCCCAACCACAUGUGCGACGUCGUAUAGUACGGCUUAAGAAAUUUACACGAGCAUACAAAUCGUCAUAAAAUAGAAACAUUGAGACUUGACUAAAUUAAUUAAUCUAUUUUGACUUCUUUUUUUUCUAAAUCUUGCACUAUAUAUACAACUGUUUGAUCCCUUUGUUUCUAUCAAGACCUUGAAAAUGGCAUUAGCAUCACAUAUUCUUAUUCUUCUUUCUCUUUUUCUUCUCAUCUCGCUCGCCCGACCACAAGUUCCUUCAUUGGAGCAAUUCCGGUUCCUUAACAACGGCGACUUUGGAGAGUCCACGGUGGAUUACGGUGCAAGUUACAGAGAUUUAGGUGUAAUACGUAACCAGUUUCGUCUAUGUUUCUUCAACACCACGCCAAACGCAUUCACACUCGCUAUUGGGAUGGGAACAGGAAGUUCUGAUUCCAUCAUUCGUUGGGUUUGGCAAGCUAACCCUCAAAAUCCGGUUCAAGAAGAAGCUUCUCUUUCGUUCGGACCUGAAGGAAACCUUGUCCUGGCCCAGCCAGAUGGCACAGUCGUAUGGCAGACCAUGACAGAAAACAAAGGUGUUAUAGGCUUAACGAUGAACGAAAACGGAAAUCUUGUGUUGUUUGAUGAUGGAGGGUGGCCCGUAUGGCAGAGCUUUGAUUUCCCGACGGAUACACUCUUGGUCGGCCAGUCUCUUACACUCGAUGGGUCGAAGAACAAACUCGUAAGUCGCAACAAUGGGGCUUUUAGUCUUAUCUUAGAGCCCGACCGACUCGUUCUAAACCAUUUAGUCCCUCGGAGCAACAACAAAUCCGUUGUGUAUUACGUCAUAGAAGGUCGGUUUAUUCCAAGCGCCACUCUUUACGCGGCUAAAGACCAGGGGACCACGACUCAAUUGGGCCUAUCCACGCCGGGGCUUAGGCCUGAGUUUCCGUAUAAACAUUUCCUCGCAAGGCCUAGAUUCAACGCCUCGCAAAGUUUCCUCAGGCUUGACGCUGAUGGAAAUCUUAGGAUUUACACUUUCGAUUUCAAGGUCACUUUUCUUGCAUGGGAAGUAACAUUCGAGCUUUUCAACCACGACAACAACAACGAGUGUUGUUGGUUACCGUCCAAGUGUGGAGAGUUUGGGCUUUGUGAGGAUAAUCAAUGUGUGGCUUGUCCGUUGGAGAUGGGCUUACUGGGCUGGAGUAAGGCUUGUAAGCCUAAGAAGGUGAAGAGUUGUGAUCCGAAGACUUUUCAUUAUUAUAGACUUGGAGGUGUUGACCAUUUCAUGACUAAGUAUAACGUUGGUCUUGCGCUUGGAGAGAGCAAAUGUCGAAGUUUGUGUAGUCGAGACUGUAAAUGCUUGGGGUAUUUUUACGAUAAAAGUAGCUUUAAGUGUUGGAUUGCUCAUGAGCUUGGAACUUUAGUCAAAGUUUCUGAUUCCAGAAAAGUGGCUUAUAUCAAAACCCCUAAUGUUUGAUCUUUAAACGUGUAGAAAAGACGAAAAACAUAAUGGGCUUAAAGUGCUAAGAAGCCCAUUAAAUGUACAA